AAAUGUCUGCAUUAAUUCCUUAUUGUCCCCUUAUUCUGCUCCACCCUUGUCAUAUCGAAUUUAGGAUUGCAACUGUAUGACCGAUUACAACGGCGUCAAUCCACUUUGUUUUAUUUUGCUUAUUGAGACUUAUCUAUUUAUUUCCUUAUGUUGCGAAAUGCAAUCUGAAAGUAAAGUUGACAUCCAACUGGAGGCAAUAGAGGUUCUCCUGAAUCACAUUCUAUAUGUGCGAGGCGUUUACCCAGCGCAGAUAUUCAAAAAGCGGCGCAUUUACAAUACGCCGGUUUUUGUCUCGAUAUUCCCCCCUCUCAAUAAUUACCUGGCCGGCGUUCUAAAAUCCGUAAAAGAGUUGAUGGGACGCAAUGAGCUCCAGAGCCUGGAAGUUAUAUUAUAUCACGAUGAAAAUAAUCCUCUUGAGAGCUACCAAAUGCAAGUGGAAUCUCUGGUGACAGGCGCCUCAGAGAACGAUCCACAUCUGAUAGAAUACGAACAGCAACUUCGUUCUGCGAUUUACAAACUUUCCGAGCGUGUGAAGCAAUUGACAAAACUUCCCCCCGGAACAACUUCUUUUAAGAUCCACUUGCACACCUCCCAAGAUGCGUUUGUGCGACUGAGCCACGAGUCCCAGUUCCAAGAGUUUCCUUGGCUGCAAGCCCAGAAUUUGAAGAUACAAAAAAACUCCCAAACGCAAAAUAUGUCACUCCUCCCCCUGGCUGCGGUGGAGAACGUGGGGUUAAAAAUGGAGGCCCGUAUUUUUAAGGUUUAAGUUAAGAGUAGUUCAAAAUUGUUAUUCACUACAUGA